UUUCACACCCGAAGUCUUAAAAUCAAAUUAUAAAAUAAAAAAAAAAAACCAUGAGUCAGAUCUACGAGUUGGAUAGUUCAAUAACCACAUGAUGAGUGAUGACUACGAUAGUCUACGAAGCUGUUUUGAAUUCAUGCCAGAAACUAAAGAUGCCGUUCAGUUUUGUUUCUAAAUUAGAUAGUUCCAGUCCAGCAUUGACGCUGACGGCAGUCGCAAAGUUGCAAUUGAAUUGGCCACUGCGCUCAGUGCGGUGGUUGCUGACUUGCUGGAAGUUUUUUCUUGAAUUAGCUAACAAAAAUUUUGCCUAUCUAGUUUUCAAUAUGAACGUAGCUAAAACGCCUAAUUGCAAUGUGGAAAUUAAAGCAACCAUUCGCGAUUUUGAUAGCUUUUGCACCAUUGCUAAAGAGGUUUCUAAUACUAGUGCCAUAAUUAUUCAUCAGGAAGAUACAUUCUUUGAUGUUCCAAAAGGUCGUUUGAAGCUAAGAAAGAAGACCAAGGAAGGAAAAGUGGAGGAGCAGUUGAUAUACUAUGACCGUCCCGACACACCUGGGCCUAAAAUCAGCAGCUUCUACCUGGUGCAAGGCAGCAGUGUGGAGGGAGGCUUGCAGCCUCUUCAGGACCUACUGACUGCAUGCCUUGGAGUGCGAGGUCGCGUGCUCAAGACUCGCCACCUUUACCUGCUGGGGCAAACUCGUCUGCAUGUAGAUCGUGUUGUGGGGCUAGGAGACUUCAUGGAGCUCGAGGUCGUUCUGAAAGAGGGUCAAAGUGCUGCAGAGGGCGAACUAAUCGCUGAGGAUAUCAGGAGGAAAUUAGGAGUGAGAGAUGAAGACCUUCUUUCAGGUGCCUACAUGGACAUGAUCGAAAAGAAGACUUGAGUUCAACCAUCAGCCUUAAAAUUAUCUACUUUAUAAUUUGAGAGAAGUACUGAAUAUAGACCUAUACUUUCACAAGACAGAUUUUAACAUUAAAGCCACCAUAUUUAGUGUGCAGAAAACUUAAGUGGUAGUAUGAAUGUUAUCUUCGGCUGCAAAAUACUGAAUUUUUCAAAUUAAAGUCUAGUUUCAGGUUAAUGUAAAUGAAAAUUUCAUGUCUCUCUUGUUUGAUGCUUAUUGGAGCUUUGGAGACGCAUCCAUGUAGCUCCACGUCUGCAGGGGGAUUUGGCUGUUACAAAAGUCCCAGUAUCCCACGUUUGCACAGGGAUUUAGUCUGUGCAGAAGUCCCAGCAACUGUGUGCACAUGAAAAAUGUCAUUAGUAUACAGCAUCACAAACAUUGAAAAUUUCAUGUCAUUGAAGGACGUUAUGUUGACGUACAGUUAUCAGUCAUUUAAAAAAACAUUCUUGAGUUCAAUUUUGGAUAAUUUUUUGUUUAU